GUUCAGGCAGUGGAGGAAAAGUCUUCAUGAUUGACUCCAUGGAUGCUCAUGAGGUGAACGACGGUGGCCAGGUUGAAGAGACCUUUGUUUGUCACCCUUGGUCAAGCCCGGCCAAUCCUUUGUCCAUCCUGACGGUGGGCGCCAUCACUUCCCCAGAGCAAGAUGGCGUUGGUGUGCUCGACACGGGUGCAACCGAGACUGUGGCAGGACUCGGUGCCUUGGAGCGCAUCAUGUUUCGACGGAAGGAAGCUGGCUGCUCCCUGGAUGAUUUCCAAGUGGUGGACCUUCCCAACAAAUGGUUCCGCUUUGGCAACGGGAUGGUCCAGAAGAGUGAGAGCAUGAUUCUCCUGCCCCAACGCCUUGGAGCUCACCAACUGAGCCUUGGAAUAUACACCUUGGAGGCAGAGGGUUUGCGAUCCUCACUCCUUCCAGCAAUGGCCCAGCCGGCAUCGAAAGCAGCGGCGUCUUCGGGCAAGUUGUCUUCGGAGACCAAGCCGAAGAAGAAAGCCGCAGCGCCGCCGGACGAGCGCUUCGACACUUCGAGGACGGUGCUGGCAGAUCCUCGGGACCCCCGCACACAUGGACCGCCAUGCAUGGGUCACCACACUCCGGCGGCAGCCUACAGGGGCUCGGUGACGGGCUCCAACGGCCAUGCCAAAUGGACGGGAUGCAGUGUUUGUCUUCUGCGCCUGGAGUACACCCCGGCUUACGGGGCCACAGGUCUGCACCGUCAGGCCGGUCCUCUCCCAGAGGAUACCAAGAAGCAGGUGGAAGAGUUGGGGGAGAAAGCGCCAGGCAAUCCCUUGCUGAAGAACCAAGCCAUUGGUUUGGACGGAGCAGAGAGGUCACUCCUCAACAAGUUGGACCAGAUCCGGGCCAAGAAGGCAGCAGCGGGCUAUGCGCCGGGGACACCUUCCACCAACGAGACGGAUUACACUCCCACCUCGGCAGCUCAGCCUUCUCCCACGGAUGCGGAGGAGCUUUCUCAAGUGCCAGGAGGCUCAACAGCAAGAAGGAUCGUGGUCGCCAGUUCGGACCUCUCCGAGCACUCUGGCACGAUCCCAGUGACAAGCAAUGUGGACAUCGGCGGCGACUUCGAGGAGAAGAACACGAAUGAGACCUUUGCCGCCACUGCGAAUGUCCCAGUGAAUUCGAACACCAAGCAUUCAAAGAAUGUCCGCUUUCUAAAGAAUGCCCAGGUGCCUCCGAAUGUUCAGGUUCCUGAGAAUGCCUUCCUUUCUGUGAAUGACCGGGUUAAAGCCCAGAAGGAGACGUUUGAAGAGCCCUUCUACCAGGACGCCUUUGAACCUAUGGAGGAAGAUUUGUGCCGUUUGACACCCAAGGAGAUGACCUUUAUGACAGAGGCCGUGGGAGAACUGAUGAACGAAUGUGAUUCUGUUCUAGUGGCCAAUGGUGGUCUUUCCUACAUGGAGCAUUGGGAUGUGUUGGAGCUUUGUUGCAGCCCGGGUAGCGAGCUCACUGAGGCAGUGCUUCGAGCCGGCGGUAGAGGUGGCCGUGCAGGUUUACACAAUGGCUGCGAUCUUACCAAGCAGAGCGGCGUUGACGCCACUCUGGAACUCCUUCGCCUUCAUCGACCUCGUUGGAUUUGGGUGAGCUUUCCAUGCGGCCCGACUUCAAUGGUGCAGGCCCUGAAUGAAAGAACUGAGGCUGGACGUCAGAAGAGCCUCUACCGGAAGCGUCAUGCGAGAAAGGUGUUGAGAGGAGGACUCCAAGUUCUUCAUGAACACCUGAAGAACGACGGCGAGAUCGGUUGGGAAUGGCCUAGGUACAACCGUGCCUGGCGUUUGCCUGAGGUCGAAGGUUUUUGGGCUUUCCUCAAGGACAAGGGCAUGGCUCAUGAGACGCUUGGAGAUGGUUGCAUGCUUGGUCUGACCUCUGAGCAAGGUCCUGUGAAGAAGCCGUGGAGAUUCAUGUGCACUCGAGAGGGUGCAUUAGCUGACCUUGGCCGACUUUGUGAUGGCAGUCACCACCAUGUGCCGUGUCUUGGCUCUAAUGCUCGCAAGUCUGCGUUCUACACUCCUCAACUAUGCCAUUUAGCUGCAAAAGGGAUGCUGAAGCAUUCCAUGUUGGUUGGGGGUAUUCAAGAAGAAGAAGAUCCAGACACCUCAGUGCUCUCCAAGCUGACUCCUCAAGAGCUGCAACAUAUCAUGGAGACGGUGAGAAAACUGCACCGACUUUGUGGACAUCCCAAUAGGCGAGCGAUGCUGAAGCUUCUUCGUGCUCGUGGUGCAAGUGAUGAAUUGAAAGCUGCCGCUUCUCAACUGGUUUGUCCAGACUGUGUUGAGAGCCAAACAGCAACUCCUUUGGCCCGUGUGACCUUAGAGAGAGAAGAGUUCAUUUGGAAGACUUUGCAAAUGGAUAGCUUUCAUUUUCGUCAUGCUCAUACCGUACACCACUUUUUACUGCUUCUUGAUGAGGCCAGUUCUUUUGCAGUGGUCAAAGAGAUCAUGAACCACCCAGAGGACCAGUCCGAGAACAUCUCAACGGCUGAGGUGAUUGAAACUUUGGAGGAGAGCUGGUGCCAGAUUUUUGGUUUUCCCUCAAAGAUUAGGUGCGAUGCAGAAGGUGCCUUUCGUGGAACUGAUCUUGCAAGAUGGUGUGCUGAACGAGGAGUUGAGUUGUUACACACCCCAGCCGAACACCAUUCUUCUACUGGAGCAGUUGAGAAAGCCAUUGGUGAGCUUCGCCACAAGAUGGAAACCUUUUUGAGGCACGAACCUGGUGAUCCCAAGCGUGCUGCCUUUGCCAUGGUGAGUGCCCACAACCAUGUCACUCGAGUUGGCGGGUACGCUCCAUCUCAAUGGGCAUUUGGUCGCGCAGAUUCGCCAGACAAGAAUGUGGCAAUUUCUUGCACCGAAGGCAUCGCUGGACAUGCCAUGGCAGAGAACCUUCGUCUACGUCAAGAAGCCGAACAUUUGCACAACAAGCUCACCGCGGCAUCUCGCAUUUCCAGAGCACAGAACACCAGGAGUCGACCUGUGAAGCAAUUCAUUCCUGGUGACACUGUCUUCUACCAGCGGCACAAAACUCCGAAGCAGGCCCCUGCCAAUGCUGAUGUGGACGUGCCGCGAAUGAGGAUUGCUCGAUGGUUUGGGCCGGCUCGAGUCUUGGCCUGUGAAACACGUGCCACUACUAGCUCCAGAUCGCCUUCUACUACUGUCUGGCUUGUUGCAGGUGGUAGGCUUUUGAAGACACACUGUGACCAAGUGCGACACGCUUCCGAGACUGAGCUGUUGAUCGCCAAUGCCUCUCAGACAGUGGCGAUGCCUUGGACCUUCAACAUGGUCAGCAACACUCUGAACAAGGGCGCCUUUGAAGAUCUGACGGCGUCUCGCGCCGAGCGCUUUGAGCACAAGAGGCGACAGACCUUUCGCCCAUCCCGGACACCGAAGAAGCUAAGGACAGAUGAUGACCAAGGUGACCCCAGUGAAUCAGAAGCGAUGGGCAGUGACAGUUCCGAAGAGCUCAUUCCAGAUGCUUCUAUGGCUCCUGGACUUGGCCCUGAUGAUUCUGAAGAGUUGGACGUGGAUCGUUUGUUGAACGACCCUUCAUACCUUCCUCUUCAUCCUCUUGAACCUCCUGGCGAACCUCGUGAUGAAGAAAUGAGGGAGGAGCAAAGGCAGUUCAAAAAGGCCAGAAAGAAGCAUGAAAUGGAUGAUCGUCCUCAUCAUGCCAAGUUCCCUAAGAUGUAUCAGGGUGAGGACUUGAUUGGUUGGAGCAGCUCUGGUGACAAUGACUUUGUUCUCUCCGUCGUCAUCGAUGAUGUGCUGAUCCAGAUUAACAAGCUGGUCAGAGAAGUUUUUGCUCAGCGAGGCCUCUCCAUCAAGGUCCAACAGUUGAAUGCCACCUCUGACAAUGAGCUAGUGAUGAUUGGCUGGUCGGACGCAGCAGUCGCUAAUCGACCAGACAUGGGAUCAACGGGAGCCUAUGUCAUAGGCCUUUGUAACAAGGAGAUCUUGGAUGGUGUUCGUUCACCAGUGAACUUGGUGGCUUGGAGGAGUGGUAAGCUGCCACGUGUGGCCCGCAGUUCCCUUUCAGCUGAACUCCAAUCCCUUGGAGAAUGUGAGCAAGAGCUCAUGUACUGCCGUGCGCUCUGGUCUGAGCUAUGUGGGCAUCGUCUUGAUCUUCGAGCUCCAGAAGAAGCAACGAAGAAGAUAGAUGGAGCUUUGGUGACUGACGCAAAGAGCGUCUACGAUGCAUACCACAAGGGUGAAGGAGCUUGCUCAGGUUUUUCGCUCAAAGAAAAGUACUCCUCUCUCGAACUGCUUUGUCUUCGAGAGAACGUGACGAGACAGAACACAGACCUCCUUUGGGUCUCAUCAGAGGCACAAUUAGCAGAUGGCUUGACUAAGCCAGGUGCCCAAGACCACUUCAAGCUCUUCAUGCAAAAGGGUCAAAAAUGGAAUGUCAAGUUUGAUCCUUCCUUCAUCGCGGCGAAGAAGAAGAAAAAGGUCAAUGAGGAUCCCGAUGGCAUGAAUGCCGAUGAGCCUGAGCUGGCCCCUGACAUGACCUGGCGAGAUUUGAUUCGGCGAAAGAGGCAAAGACCUUUCGCCCAUCUCAUUUUUCUCGCAUUCGCCUGA